AUGGGCGACGAUAUACGUGUCGAGCUCGGCUCGGUUGCGCUCAAUGGCUCAUCCCCCAAGAAGGUCGCUUACUUUUACGAUUCCGACAUUGGUAACUAUGCCUAUGUUACUGGUCAUCCCAUGAAGCCUCAUCGCAUUCGGCUGGCGCAUAGCUUGAUUAUGCAGUACAACCUCUACCAGAAGAUGGAGAUAUACCGCGCAAAACCUGCGACCCGAGGCGAGAUGACCCAAUUCCAUACCGACGACUACAUCGAUUUCCUACAAAAGGUCACACCAGACAACAUGGACAGCUUUAUGAGAGAGCAAGGAAAAUACAACGUCGGUGAUGAUUGCCCCGUGUUCGAUGGUCUAUUUGAGUUCUGUGGUAUCAGUGCGGGUGGCAGCAUGGAGGGUGCCGCGCGACUGAAUCGCCAAAAGUGCGACAUCGCCAUCAACUGGGCUGGUGGUCUUCACCACGCCAAGAAGUGCGAGGCCAGUGGUUUCUGCUACGUCAACGACAUUGUCCUCGGUAUUCUCGAACUCCUCCGAUUCAAAAAGCGGGUCCUCUACAUCGAUAUUGAUGUGCAUCAUGGCGAUGGUGUUGAGGAGGCUUUCUACACCACCGACCGUGUCAUGACCGUUUCUUUCCACAAGUACGGAGAGUACUUCCCCGGCACUGGUGAACUUCGGGACACCGGUAUUGGACAAGGAAAAAACUAUGCUGUCAACUUUCCUCUUCGAGAUGGUAUCACCGAUGUGUCCUACAGGUCAAUCUUCCAGCCUGUCAUCGAGAAUGUCAUGAAGUACUACCAGCCCGAGGCUGUUGUUCUUCAAUGCGGUGGUGACAGUCUGUCUGGCGAUCGACUUGGUUGCUUCAAUCUGAGCAUGGACGGCCACGCCAACUGUGUCAACUAUGUCAAGAGCUUUAAUCUCCCGACUCUUGUUCUCGGCGGAGGUGGCUACACAAUGCGCAACGUCGCUCGAACUUGGGCCUUUGAGACCGGUGUUCUUGUGGGCAAGGAGAUGGACCGAACCCUGCCCUACAAUGAAUACUACGAAUACUAUGCUCCCGAUUUUGAGCUGAAUGUGCGAUCCUCUAACAUGGAGAACUCCAACAGUCGAGAGUACCUUGAGAAGAUUACUUCUUCAGUCAUCGACAACCUUCGACAAACAGGACCUGCUCCUUCAGUACAGUUGCAAGACGUCCCCCGAAAGCCCUUCGGCGGCAUGACUGAUGAGGAGGAGGCCGAGUUGGACGACCUAGAUGAGGAUGAGAACAAGGAUGUUCGCAUGACCGAACAUCGUUGGGACAAGCAUGUUGAACACGACAACGAGUUCGAAGCCAGUGACGACGAUGAGAUGGCUAGGGCGCAUGGUGCCACGCGCCAGAAUGGCAACAAGCGCACCUUUACCGACUAUCGCAAGGGGGAAAUGGAAAUCGAUAAUGCCGAUGCUCCUCCUGCCAAGGUAACCAACGGUGCUUCCGCUGACGAACCUGCUGAGGAACAAGCUGGCGAGGAUGCUCACGAUGUGAAUGACGAUACUAUCGACGACAUCUCAGCUUCGGCCCCAGUCGAGAAGGAAGUCCCACCCAAGGAGAGCGAGAAGCCUGACGAGACCGCCAAGGAAUCUGAAGCUAGUAAAGUGGAUGGAGACGGUGAUGUUGGCAUGGAGGACUCAGCGGCUCCAGAGACAACAAUCAAGAAGGAAGAGGUCGAGCCUGAGGCACCUGCGGAGCCUUCAGCGCCUACUGAGAAGGCUUCAAAGGACGAGCCUGUUGCCCAAGAGGCCGCCGAUACCGCUACGAAGGAGCCCACCACAGAACCUAAAGGUACUGAAGAGGCCUCAGAUAAGCCUGCAGUAGCACCUGAGAAGGCUCGGAGCGAACAACCCGACGAUGCUAUGGACGUCGAUACGGAGAAGGAUAAGCCAGAGCCAGCUGUCGAGAAGAGCAAGAGCCCUGUAAACUAG